CGGGAGAGCUUUUUGCGGAUCAUAUUGUCUAACGCAAACUACGCGGCAGCGAAAUGGAUUCGGCGAGGAGUUGGUUUUUGAAGCUACAAACGAGGGAUAAGUUGAGGGCUUCGACGAGGAGGAAGGAGCCGUUGUCCAGCGGUGAAGGCGGAGGAGAAGCAGAAGGCAAUGACGAAGCCAAUACGGACGAAGAAGCUCUCUCCAAUGUCACCAAACAAAAGGCCGCCGCUGCCAAGCAGUACAUUGAGAAUCAUUACAAGGAACAAAUGAAGAAUCUUCAAGAAAGAAAAGAGCGACGAAUAAUCCUGGAAAAGAAGCUGGCGGAUGCUGACGUCUCUGAGGAAGAUCAAAAUAACUUACUGAAGUUCUUGGAGAAAAAGGAAACUGAAUACAUGCGCCUUCAGAGGCAUAAAAUGGGUGCUGAUGACUUUGAAUUAUUAACUAUGAUUGGCAAGGGUGCGUUUGGAGAGGUUAGAGUUUGUAGGGAAAAGACAACCGGCCAAGUAUAUGCUAUGAAGAAGCUGAAGAAAUCAGAAAUGCUUCGAAGAGGCCAGGUUGAGCAUGUGAGAGCUGAAAGGAACCUGCUCGCCGAAGUUGACAGCAAUUGUAUUGUCAAACUUUACUGUUCUUUCCAAGAUGAGGAGUUCCUUUAUCUUAUAAUGGAAUAUCUACCUGGUGGAGAUAUGAUGACGUUACUUAUGAGAAAGGAUAUCUUGACUGAUGAUGAAGCUAGAUUUUAUGUUGCAGAGACAGUUUUGGCUAUUGAAUCUAUCCACAAGCACAAUUACAUUCAUAGGGAUAUCAAGCCUGACAACUUGCUACUGGAUAAAUAUGGACACUUGCGAUUGUCAGAUUUUGGACUAUGUAAACCCUUAGAUUGCAGAAUUCUCCAAGAACAGGAUUUUUCUGUAGGAGGUAACAUUAACGAGGUUACAGAAAAUGAUGAACGCCCACCAGCUCCAAAACGAACACAGCAAGAGCAACUACAGCAUUGGCAAAAAAACCGGAGAAUGCUUGCUUAUUCUACUGUUGGUACUCCCGACUAUAUUGCUCCAGAAGUCCUCUUGAAGAAAGGUUAUGGAAUGGAAUGUGAUUGGUGGUCACUUGGGGCAAUUAUGUAUGAAAUGCUUGUGGGAUAUCCACCUUUUUAUUCAGAUGAUCCGAUGUCAACUUGUAGAAAGAUAGUAAACUGGAGAACUCAUUUGAAGUUCCCUGAAGAAGCAAGGUUAUCUCCAGAGGCACAAGAUCUGAUUAGCAAACUCUUGUGUAAUGUCAAUCAGAGACUAGGAUCAAAAGGGGCAGGUGAAAUUAAGGACCAUCCGUGGUUUCAAGGUGUGGACUGGGAUAGGAUAUAUCAAAUGGAGGCAGCAUUUAUUCCUGAGGUUAAUGAUGAGCUAGAUACUCAAAAUUUUGAAAAGUUUGAUGAGUCUGAGAAUAUGAAUCAAACAUCGUCAAAAUCUGGUCCAUGGAGGAAAAUGCUUUCGUCAAAGGACAUCAACUUUGUGGGUUAUACAUACAAAAAUUUUGAAAUUGUCAAUGAUUAUCAAGUGCCUGGGAUGGCUGAGUUGAAGAAGAAGGGCACCAAUUCAAGGAGGCCGUCUAUUAAGUCGCUUUUCGAGGGUGAGUCAGAUACAUCAGAUACUUCAGACUCAACUACUAAUGAUCAGCCUGUUCAAGGGAGCUUUUUGAAUCUCUUGCCUCCCCAACUCGAAGCCACUGAAAAGCGGUGCGGGUCCCAGUAACUUGCCCCAUCUUUUUCAACUGUUAGAAGACAAGUUGGUCCGGGUUACUAACCAGUAACCAAACCCCAUCUUUGGACAUGUUGGUAGGUGGUCGUUAUAACUGCAGGAACUUCAGGUUUGAUUCACAGUUUAAGGUCUAGAUACC